AUGGCUAACACUCGCAAGCAGUCCGCGCCUCAGCGCUCUGGCACGAGCUGGCCCGCUUUCAAGGUGGCGAAGAAGGUCGCAGGCAAGACUGUGCCCAAGAACAGCGCUUUGAACCAGGAUGCGGACGCAGCCAAGCGGCGCAGGCGGCCGGGCCAGGCGGCGCUGAUGGAGAUCCGCAAGUACCAGGGCAGCGGCUCCCGCAGCCAGUCGGCAGGCACCAUGAAGCUGAUCCCGCGCGCGCCCUUCUGGCGCCUGGCGCGCGAGGUGCUGUCCACCGUGAGCACCACCGCCGACCGCUGGAGCGUGCAGGCGAGCGGGCUGGGCGGCGGGGUGCCCGCUGCGCUUCCCGCGCGCCGCAUUGAGGCGCUGAGGGAGGCGGCCGAGGCGUUUAUGGUGGGGCUGUUUGAGGACAGCAACCUGUGCGCCAUCCACGCCAACCUUGUCACCAUCAUGCCCAAGGACGUCCAGCUGGCCAGGCGGCUGCGGGGGGAGGUGUGA